GGACCGUGUGACGUAGAGCCGAGGCUCUGGCUGUUUAUUGUUCCUUCCUCAGCACCGACAGAGAAAAACAGGCUAACAAGCCGUCAGCUACCCUUUUUCACACGGUUCACGGUUGGUUCAACGAAGGUGAAACGGUCGAGACAGCUGACUGCACAAACCAGGGGCCAUGGCGUAUGCGUACCUCUUCAAAUACAUCAUCAUCGGAGACACGGGUGUGGGAAAGUCAUGUCUAUUACUACAGUUCACAGACAAGAGGUUUCAGCCAGUUCACGACCUCACUAUCGGUGUGGAGUUUGGAGCGAGGAUGAUCACUAUAGAUGGCAAACAGAUCAAACUGCAGAUCUGGGAUACGGCUGGUCAGGAGUCGUUCCGGUCCAUCACCAGGUCUUACUACAGAGGAGCAGCAGGAGCACUGCUAGUCUAUGACAUCACAAGAAGGGACACCUUCAACCACUUGACAACCUGGUUAGAGGACGCUCGCCAACAUUCCAACUCCAAUAUGGUCAUCAUGCUUAUUGGCAACAAGAGUGACCUGGAGUCAAGGAGAGAGGUGAAGAAAGAGGAAGGUGAAGCAUUUGCCAGAGAACACGGCCUCAUAUUCAUGGAGACCUCAGCCAAGACGGCCUCUAAUGUAGAGGAGGCUUUCAUCAACACAGCCAAGGAGAUCUAUGAGAAGAUCCAGGAGGGAGUGUUUGAUAUCAACAAUGAGGCUAACGGUAUUAAGAUUGGACCCCAGCAUCCUACCACCAACUCCACGCUGUCCGGUAGCCAGGGAGGCCAACAGGCUGGAGGCGGCUGCUGUUGAAGCCCCAAAACACACCACCACCACCUCCUCCUCCUCCUCCUCCAACCCAGCCCCUCCUCCUCCUCCUCCAACCCAGCCCCUCCUCCUACUCCUCCUACUCCUCCAACCCGGCCCCUCCUCCUCGUCCUCUUCAACCCUACCUUGCGUUUCUACAGAACUGUCCAGGCUCACUAACAGUUUGUUAACCUCUCUCUCUACCGCUCCAUUCUUUCAUCCAUCCAUCCCUUCCUCUCUGUGUCUUUCUCUCGCUUUCUGUCUAUCAGCCAGUGUCUGAUAGCCUGUAGCCUAAGGGUCUACAGGCUAUGUCCCCAUUAAUCAAUCUGACUUCCUACAGACUUGGGAGGACAGACAGACUUAGGAGGACAGAGUCAGCUUCACCUGCAGAUUUAGCCACUAAAUUCUGGCGUUUUGCAGUUCACCUUUUUUUGGUUAGAUAAAUGGAUUUUAAUCUUUUUAUUUAAAAAAAAAUGCUGGAUUGUGAAGAAUUCUAAUCCAGCAGUUUAAUUUACAUACUCCUCUUAAUUCAGGAGGAUGUUAUUGGGAUAUUACAGUACCUCAGAAUCAUAAAAAAAAACCUAUAUCUUUUGUAACGGUGAGUUGACUUUGUCCAGAUGGAGGCAGGAUUGUGGGUAGAGAUUAAACACACUCUAAACAACUGACUGUAUGGAAUAAACCGUGCACCAUGUUGUGUCUAUACACACAUCUGUACAUGUUUUUGAAGAAAAUGACGCAGCACGUUGAUAGCAGGACAUGUUCUUACAUGUUGAGUCAGUUUUCAUGCUGUGCCUGUGUGUGUAUAGGGAUGAUAUAGGUGUUCCAGUAUGUCACUUUGUAAGGUGUAGGAGGCAUUCAAGUCACUCUGUAUUUUCUGUCCAUAAAAAACAAAGUGCAAAUUAUGUUAUUUUGUGCUUCCUUUCCCUAUUUUUCAUCGUGUAUUUUAUUCUCUCUCUGUCUUUGUGUCCUUUUUUGUUGACUUGCAGAUGAUUUGUAUUUAAUGAACACUACAAACUGGUUGUGGCUUAAAAAAAGUGUUUUAAAUUGUCUGGGGAGAGAAUAAAAGACCAAACUGUUGAGUGUGAAAAUGGAUCCUUUUUGGAACAUCAGAAAAGAAAAGCGGGAAAGUUAAAUAAACGUUAAGGGGUGUUGAGAGCAGUGGCAUCAUUAUGAAGUUAAGAAGUAAAAAGAGGAAAAUAGAUUGGAAAUUUCUUUUUGUUAACUAUAUUUAUCUGCACAUUUCUGUGUAUAUAUGGCUCUUUAGGUUUCUGUAGCUUUUUUGGCUGUAUUAAGGUGAAGCUUGUCAUGUUGUUGUGGUCUUGUUAUAUCUUUACCAGGGGCUGGUAAAAGACCAUUUUGGACUUUGAAACAGCUUUUUAGCAUUUUUAACAAUUCUCAUUUAAACCCAAAGGUACUGAGCCGCCCUGUUACAUUAGGGCUGCUGGUGCCCUUUCUUUUAAAUGACAAGUAUGAAUGAUAACAGGCUGUUAACAGGACCGCAUAGAGGCAUUGAAAGUCCCUGGUGGAGAACAGACUCCAACUGAAAAUGUCAAGCCGUCUCCCUUUUUAAGCAAGCUAGAAUUUCCACCAUGAAUUAGCUGGCAGAUAUAUAAUGUAUACUGUUUAGAGCUUGAUCGAUGACUGCUGCAAUGUUUUUUUGCUUCGAGAUCCCCCCCCCGCGAUGUAAUAGGCACCAUUUUAAUGUUAUGAUCAUAUUUUACUACUUCAGUUACUUAUUGUUCAUCCUUCCUUCUCAUCCCGCCUCUUCUCUCUCUCUAUCUCUCUCUCUCUUCAGAUUGUGUGGUAACAUUAGCUCUGUAUCUAUUUUUAAUGCCAAAUUACUGUGUUAACCUGUGUUUUGUCAAAAAAAAAAAAAAAAACGAGGAAAAGAAUCAACUAAUCCCCCGAUAUUCUUUCCUGAAAUCAGCUGUCUGCCUUAACUCCACCCCCUCUGAGAGAUUUGGACAGCUGCUAAAAUGAAUCCAACUGACCCUUUAUCUGCAGAUUGGCAUUUUACCACUGACUAGCUAGUUGACGAUGCAUUACACAUGCAUAGACGCACACUUAGAGAGAUAUGUAAAGUCAUAGGAACAGGCCUAGUUUGAAUUCUGUGUAGGAAUUUGGGCAUUUGAAAUGAAUCUAAACUUAUGUUUUUUUCUUUCCAUCCCCCCCUUGUGCACACACACCCAGCCUGCAUACAGUAUAUGCAUGCAUACGUACAUGAUGCAUACAUAUAUUUCUGUUUAUCUAACUUAGCUGUUUUUUCUCCAGGUUAACUGUAUAACUGUAGGGAGUUUUUGGGUUUCACAGCAGUGCGAGUGAAUCUGUUUUCCUCUGCAGUGUGUUCUUCUCUUAUUUUUCUUUCUUUUUUUAUUCCUAGAUAUAUACAGACAGUUAUUAAUCUUAUUCUGAUGAUGAUUAUUCUUUGUAAAGCAAAAUGUAGUGUGCGUGCGUGCGUGUGUGUGUGUGUGUGUGUGUGUGUGUGUGUGUGUGUGUGUGUGUGUGGACCCAGAGGGGGGAGGAUCAAGCCAAACCUGACGCAUCUAUCUUAUCUAUCUAUCUAUGGAUUGAUCUAUCUAUCUUAUCUAUGUGGCCCUCCUCUCUCGCUCUUCCCGCCUCUCCUCCUCCUCCUCCCCCUCAACGUUAUUUGCUGUGUUUGUUCUUUGGAAAAAAUAAAACUUAAAAAAAAGAAAAAAUGAAAAUGCUAUCACAAUAAACUAUAAUAAAACAUUCUAAACUCUAAA